AUGACUUGCGCAAAGCUAUGCACUUUCUUGUCUCGCAAGACUCUCAAUCUCCAAAGCUUGCUCUUGCGCAUGAUCGCCAUGACAAGGCUAGAAAAAGAGUUCUUCCCGAUAUUAUCUUCAAACAGAGACAAGCUUGAUCCUGAAUCAGUUUCUGGUCAGUCCUCAACGUCAACCAACUCCGAGUUUGAAGAUGACAAUGAGAUCAAGAAAGCUAAUGAAUCCAUAACUAAAGUUGAGAAAGCUUCAGCUGUGGUUAUGUCUGACCUAAAGGCUAUAGCAGAGUGUAUGAUCAGUUCUAAGAGGAUCAGAAAAUCUAUAGUAGAUGAAGGGCUGAGCUUGCUUGAGAUCGAAGCUUACAAAGGCUCAAGGUUUCACAGAACAGACUGGGUGAUCAAGAGCAAGACAUAG